UCGAGGUAGACAACAGCAGUAGCCAGCGUGUUCAACGUACUCACGAACGACAGGGUCCAGCUCCACCGCGCGUCGACCGUGCAUGAAAAUCGAGCGGGUUGUCAGACUUGAAGAGGUCCAGCGGCAUCUCGAGGGCAGGAAGAAAUGGCCUGCGUUUCUUCACGGCGAGUGGGCGAACGGUUGUCCAGAGGACGUCGGGGAAGCGUUGGCGUGGAUGGCAUCAGGGGUCGUAGGGCUCCUAAACGUCGCAAGUGUUGGGCCUCUCAUGCCCAUCUGCGAGGCCUUCAAGGGGCUGAUCCAGGCGGCGGAGGGGGCGGCGGAGGCAGAUGAGAAUCUGAGGGAACUCAUCGCGUGGUGUGCCUUCCUGACCGAUGUCUUGCUCCAGCACGGGAAGGAGGUGGACGCUCUCGCGCCAGUCAUGAAGCCCCUCAGGGACUUUGUUUCCACCACAAACCAACUGGCGAAGCGUGCGAAAAGGUUGGCGACAAGGCGGAAGUGCGCGGCGCUACUCUGCUUUGCGAGGGACGGGAAACAGAUCCAAGACUUCGACGCGAAGCUCCGGAGCAUUUGGAAUGAUAUCCAAGGGGUGACUAUCCUGUGGGUUUCCGCGGAGUUUCGAGCUGCUCGUCCGCCGAAAACGGGCGAAAUGGCCAAGAUACCCCACAAUGCUCCAGCUCUGCCGCCGGCGUUUGUGGAGCGAAGCGGGCUCGUCGAAGCUGUGGCGCAAGACCUCGCGGCGGCGGAGCGGGCGACCGAUACUGCUGACGUCCUCCGUGGCAUACCCGGGGGGGGCAAGACCGUCGCCGCCAGUUCAGUGGUGCGCUGCGAGAAUGUGCGCCGCAGCUUCAAGGACGGGAUAUUCUGGGUGCAAGUAGGCCAAGUUGGUACGGGCAAUCCAACCGCCCUGUUGAAGGGCUUGGCGGAAGACCUUGCGCAUGCGCCCUCUAAUCGACCACGCACGGUCCCGCACGAGUUCAGGGACGUCGAGCACGUCGUCAGCCAUCUUGUGGGCGUUCUGGAGCAGGGUAAUCUGCGAUGCCUGGUAGUGCUGGAUAAUGUAUGGGACCGUGAAAUGGUCCCGCUGUUCCUCCGUACAGGGUUUCGCUGCUUGGUGACGACGCGCGAUGUAGCAAUGGUCCCUCGCCACCUGUGGGGAACGUGCACGCCGGUGGACAUGCUAACGGAAGCCGAGGCACUGGAACUCCUCAAGAAAGCGAGUCGGGCAACUUCAAGUAUCCCGAGGGACGAGGGCCUGGAGGUUGCCGAUGACUGCGGCUUUCUCCCGCUUGCCAUCGCCAUCAUCGGUGCCAUGGGUAGCUCGCGAGUGAACCCACACUCCCCCGAGACAUGGCGCGGUGUGCACGCGCGGCUAGUCGAAGAACCAAGCCUGGUGCAAGACCAUGUUGGAGGUGCCCUCGCCGUCAGCUUUCGUGAGCUCAGCGAGAAGGCCAGGGCGCGGUUCCGCAAGCUUGGUGUGCUGGCGCGGGGGGUACGUGCCCCAGUCGACAUGGUAGCUCAUCUCUGGGAACAGGUAGGUGCACGGUGGGCGGGAUGUGUUUUGCCCCUAAUCAGCGACACUUUCCUUGACGUGGGGUGUCCGUUGUUCCUAAUUGUACACACAGGACCCUAGCGACACCGCGUUGUUAUUGAGCGACCUGGUGGACAAGUCCCUCGUAAAGGUCGUGGAACAGAGCUACCACCUGCACGACCUGGUGCUCGAUUUUGCGAAAGACGAGCUAAGGAAGCUGGGGAGGCGGGUGCAGCUCGUCACGUCUCGCCAAGCGCAGUACCUAGGCACGAUAUCCGUGCUCGAGGGAUACGCACGGGCUGGUGAGGUGUUGCGGGGGUUCUACGCCCUCAUGGCUCUGUGGAAGUCAGUGGAGGACCUGUCUGGCGACCAGCAGCUGGAGGUAGGCACGUACGGGGUCAGCCUGAGGCAUUGGAGGAGAGCGAACCGACAGCAGAUGUAGCCUUUACGAACUGGGCUGCGGGGAGAUUGUUGGAACUCCAGGGCAAGUACGCUGAAGCGGAUCCUCUCUACCUUCGAGCUAUUGAGAUUGGAGAGAAAACGCUUGGCCCUGACCACCCAGAUCUUGCUACUCGACUCAACAACCGGGCAGGGUUGUUGAAGGCACAGGGCAAGUACGACGAAGCCGACCCUCUCUAUCUGCGAGCUAUUGAGAUUGGGGAGAAGACUCUGGGCCCUGACCACCCAGAUCUUGCCACAUGGCUCAACAACCGGGCGGCGUUGUUUUACAAGCAGGAGGAGUACAAGACGGCAAUCCCACUAUUCGAGAGGGCCCUCUCAAUCCGUACGAGGAAGCUUGGGGCAAAUUAUCCACACACGGUCGGGACUCAGAACAACCUGGAAAUUGUACGAAAAAGGUCCGUGCAAAGUUGGGCCGUCGUAGUAGGCAAAGCGUUAUGCAUCUCAGGUGUGAAGACGAGAUCAAAGCUGAGUGCGAUGCCGGUCACAGCACACGCGAUGAGCAAGACAGGGGCAAGGCCCCCACGUCCACGGCGACUGUGGUGUAGAACAAAUAUCGCAUUGUCGGUGUUGGUAUUGGUGGUCAGUCAUGUUUCUAACCCUACUCGAACGUCACGAUUCUCUUCUGAGUAUUUUUUUAGUGAGGACGAUGUGUUUCGUAGUCGAGUCGCAAGGUGGUGACAACACAAGUAUGUGUUCAUCAAGCCACGUGGAUCCGAAUGGCUUGUUUUGAUCUUGAGUGUUACCGAGAAAGUCAGUUAUCGAACUUUUUUAGCCAUUACCAGUGUGCGCGCGACUACAGUUUACUUUGUAGCCCAGCGUAGCAUCAUACACAAAUAACGUAGUUGAUAUAGUCUUCGCCUUAGUCGUACCGGCGUUAGCUUGCGACAAGACUUCUGUGUGCCUCCGGGACUAUGGC